AUGAUGAAUAUAUCUAUUUUGUUGAGGCAUUCAGGAAUUUGGGCGAGCGAAGUUAAUUAUGAAGGGUACAAAAGUAAUGGAAUUGUUGUUGGACAAUCAAUUUCAUUUUUGAAUCUCAAAGCAGCCAUUUCAGUCGAGUUAGAGAUCAAUGAGAUAAAAUUGGUGGUGAGAUACAUAGCUUUGAUGGAACAUUCGAAGAUGAAGGUUGAUCCAUAUCAUAAUUUAUUUUCUCGAUUUAUGAAGCUGGAAGAAGAUACAUUCUUUGUCUUGAGAGGAAAGAAUGACAAAAAUGUCACAGAUAUGCAUCUUUAUUGCUUUGAUUACUACAAGCCUGAUGCAUUAGAAAAACAUAAGGUUCAAAUGGUUCCAAUGCCAGAUAAGGAAGAUUGGUCGGUUCCUAGCAAUGUUAUAGAUGAAACUGUGUGGCCACCCAGAUACAAAAGAUUGGCUGGAAGAUCAAGGAAAAGAAGAAAAAAAAUGCAGAUGAAAAGAUAA